UUGUAACCUAAUGGUGGUGACGGUGGGUUGGUGGUAACGUUAUUCUCUCUUUGGGUUAUUUCCCCUCUAUGUUAAUUAAACCGUUGAUAGUAUUUCUUUUUUAAAGUUAACAUCUUUUUUUUUCUAUUACCAGAAAUGUAGCCUAUAUUAGAUAUUAAACAAGCAAAAGAAAUAUAUUCUGAUACUUAGGGAAUCGUUCAAGAUGUUGAGUUUUUGUGCUACUUAUCGUGACUGAAUUGGGGAGGAGGCUAAUAACAAAUAUUUAAAGAUAGAGCAAUAAUUACAUUUAUCAUGGUAAAGUGUCUUUUACGUGAAUGGCUACCUUGUAGUAUGGAAUGUGCACUGGACUGUCGUUCGGAUGGUCUCGGGUUUAUACCCCGAGACAGCAUUAAUGUUGUUUGAUUUCCACCCGAAUUUUUUAAAAAAAGAAGAAAACAUGAUUCCUUAACUUCAUCAACAAGCUUGCCAAACAUACAGAAAACAUGAAUGUCUAAGAGCGGUGGAUGAUGCAAACAAGGAGCACAUUGAAGAAGAUGACAAUUACUGACGGAGAUUUCAUCGCAUAGUGAAUGAAUAUUUUGAGAGAAAAAGACUAGGUCUCCAGUUAAAUAGCUCCAGUGCAAAGACAAAUGUGGAAUCUGGUAAAUCAGUGCCCAAGAAGUCCAAAAUUAGUCAAGAUAUUAUUUCAUUUCAACGCCAAUGCAAAAUGUCAGCCGCCAACGCACUGGACAUGAACCCAAACUAUCGACGUGUCAACUUAAAUUCCAGAUCACAAGGUGUUAAUAAGUUUGGUGUUAAUACUGUACACUUGCCAUUGUCUCCAGUAGACCGACCUUCAAGGCUACAACUAGCUUCACCUUCAGGGGCCAUUAUGAAGUCCAGUAAAGGAUAUACAUAUCCUGGUCUUGUGAUGUCAUCAAGCCGGACUAACACCGCACAAGUAGAUUUGUUCGGCGAGCCUGUACUGAAGCCUUAUAGGUCUGCCACAGUGUAUCGCAGUAGCUCACCACAAGACACUCAUGGUUCAGAGUACUUUUUCAGUAAGAACGCUGCUAAUGAGACAUCAAACAAAAUGAAAUUAUAUUCUCCUAAAGACAAAAGAAGUUUUGAAACGCUUUUCAAUUCAGAGCAUGACACGGUACCGACUAGUCUAUACAACACAUCAUUUAAUAAUGGUGAGACCAGCCUCUUUAAUACAAUCUAUAGCCCUGAACAAGCCAGUAGGUAUCCUUGUCACAGCGGCUUUCCCAAUCUCAACAGUCAGCCAGUUUUGGUGAAUAGUUAUUGCUACGAGCCUGAACCAAACUAUAAAAGAAACUGUAGCGCGCAUUGCUGCCCUGCUGAAAUGUUUAGUGCUCAAACACCUGCACAUUUCACGCAUGCUUCGUUUGGGGAAGACAAAACUAAUUUCUCAGUUCAAAUUGUACCCUCUCCAGAAAGCCAAGAAGAGCUCUCUAGUGAGACAUCUACUUUGAACUGGUCCCAUGUAGGUCACGAGGAUUUCAGUCAUUUGGAGUUUCCAGAAGAGCAAUCAGAUCAGCUUGAAACAUCCAGCAAACCCUAUAAACAUAGGCAGGCAAAAACGACCAAUUCUUUUGAAAGAGAUGAAUCAUUAUGGGGUAACGAAAACUCGCAACCUCGAAUGACCAGUAUCAAAGAAACACAUCGUAGACAAAACAAAGGCAUGUUGCCUAGGAACUGGCAGUUAUAUCAACCUGAAAUCACGCCUUCCCGAAGUACUAUAUAUGGAGAAAACAUGGCCACAUCUUCUUUUGUUGUCUCCUCCGGCUUGGAUUUUACUCCAGAUGUACGUUUGAAAAGAAAUGGGACUUAUAGUCCUGUCUCAUCAAAUUCAACUCCUAUUUACUUAAGAAGAGAUGAUGAAGGUUUCAAAUCUGGUCUGUCAACAUGCAACGUUGUUGAAUCUUCCACUCUUAACACACUUACUUCAUCUCCUGAGGAUCCAACACAAUCAUUGAAAGACACUUCUGCUCCUAACAUUUUCCCUUCAUCUGGAUCUGGAGAUGGUCACAAAGUAAAGCCAGGACUCAGAAUUAGGAAAGCGAGUGACUGUGAUAGAAGGAUUAGAGAUAAGACAUGUACACCAGUAUCAAGUGAAACAGUUCAACAUGUACCUACCUACACACACAGAACUGAUGCAACACCACACCUGGUGGAUAGCAUGUCCAAAUUAGGGGAAACAAACGCACACGUCAGUACUAUCCAUCAAUCGUCACUGAAGGAACAAGUCAAGUUUUCACAGACUAGCUCAUUGAUACUAUUGACACCUCCAGAGCCUAGGAGUUGUCAGAGUUCAGAUCAUUGCAAUAGUGUGAUAACAUCGCCACGUGAUCAGGCCAAGGUCGAAGUAGGUCAGGUGACAUCCGGUGCUGACGUGGCAGAUGACGAUGUGCAGAGAUCCCAGUCCGUGGUGGUGGCGUCAGAAGGCGUUAAUGUGGCUAGUUUCAAGUCAGAGAGUACACAGACCACAAUCCAAGUCUUCAAGGACGCUGCUAAUAGUCCCAUCAGAGGACUUGUUGCCACCCAGCAGGUGUCCAGCAACAGUCUGGAAGAUGGUCUCAUUUCAAGCUCAGUCUAGCAAACAUUUAAUCACAUGAGUUGUUGAAACUUUGGAACAAAAAUAUCUGAAAUCUAUUUUUACCUUUUAUUUAUAGAAUCGCUUGUAUUGAUUAUUACUCUGUGUUGUCCUUGCCCUCCACUGUGUUGUAUAUACUACACUAGAAAUAGAUCUAAAAGAACACCACAGCUUAGAGAACAUAGCUCACGUCAAUUGUUGUAUUUCUAAUUAGUUCUAAACCUCGUUUCACUAUCUGAAGUUUGAGACUUGUUUAAAUAGCUCACUACAAGUCUUCUCUUUGUAUACUCUUGAACAGUGCACGUUGUUCAAGCUAGAUAACUUUACAAACCUAGUAGCAAUUCUUUUCAGGCUUUUUAGUUACUGUUCAUUUGUAACAUGUUGAAGAACUAUAUAGACUAUAUAUGCAUUUAGAAGACUAGAAUCUAUGCUACGUUAACAACUUUCUGUGCUCUUGCCUGUAGUUUCUAACACCUGCAUUGUUUUACUUGAUUACAAACAUUCGUUUUUGGUACAUUCUGAUGUUGUCAUUGAAACCAAUGUCCAGGCUAUUACAAAAAAGUUCCUUUUUUGUUGACGUUUUGUUCUUCUAUCUGGUUGAGUACAUAGAAAGUUUGGCUCUCUAGAAACACUCAUGAAAGUAGCUAGCAUACAGUAAUACUAUCAAACUAUGUCAGCUUACAAUGGGUUUUUGAAAUGUGAACACUAGAAACAUUGGUUGAAAACAAAUAGUUUAUUUCCAGACUUAAAACAUCUCUAAUAUAUACUACUUAUAUAGAGAAUAACAGUAGUUAGUAUUAGAUUGCAUUGAUUAUUAUUACAAUAAUAGAACAAGACAUUUGGGUCAGAUUUGAUGAAUAGUCUAAACCAAGAGAAUUCAUUAUCAGCAUAACAAAAUAAAUAACAAGAAAACAGAUAAACAGGUCUAGUUUGAGCCACUGAACAUUAGGAUAAAAAAAAAGUGAAUCACCGCAAAGAAAGUCAUUGAGUGACCUGACCUAUGUAAGUUAUACGUUUUUAGUUUUCCUACAGUGUACUUCCAUAAAAUGUUCAGUAUUUGUCCAAAGUUAUAAUGUCUGUAUUUGGAAAUUAUAAGAAUAAUUGUUACA